AAGCGAAUUAUUGAAACAUUCAAAAUGUACUAUCCGAAUACAUUAAAUUAUAUACUAGUUUUUGAAAUGGCUUGGAUGCUGAAUGCUGCGUUUAAAAUCAUAAAGGGUUUCCUACCAGCCAAAGCGCUGGAAAUUCUCAAAAUGAUAUCGAAAAAGGAUAUUACUCAGUACGUGGACAAAAAGAAUUGCCUUGCCAGCUGGGGAGGCAACGACCUUUACGAGUUCAAAUUUGUGCCUGAAAAAGUGCAGAGGCCAACAGCAUUAACUGUGAUAAGUAAUGGAACACUGCCAAAGAAGGCACCACUCACGCCAGAAUCACCGAGCAACAAUGAAAAGAAAGUGAGUGAGAACCUAAUUUUUAUUGUUAAAAGCUAA